AUGGGAGUUGGAGAUGCGAUUGAGUGGGAACUCCACAAGAGACCAUCGGCGCUAAUGCAAGCAUCCGAGAUGGCGCAGGGUCCAGAUCGCUGGCCUGCCGGCGCUGCCAUGUACCCAUCUAUGGACAUGAGUGCGUAUGGCACAUUCGAUACAUGGCUUUGA